AUGCCUGACAACAAGGAGAACAACCCCAGCUCCCUCGGCGGUCCCGCUGCUGGCACCUCCACCACCAGCGCCACCAGCAACUCGAAGCCGCCCAAGCCCACCAUGGGCACAAAGAUCCAGGACAUGCUCUACUACAGCGCCAGCGACGGCCUCGAUGAUGUCGUCAUUGGUGGCUGCUCCACCUGUGGCUCCGUCCAGCACGAGACCGUCAAGUGCGACCGCAAGGACGUCCAGUCUGAGUACAUGAUGAGCGGCGCUCUGCAGACCGAGACGGACUCCUCAGCCUGUGCCUCUGCCACUGACGCUCCCGCUGACAAGGGUGGCCAGGCCCAGGCCCAGUCCGGUAUGCCCCUGGGCCAGGAUGCCGGACGGAGACGCUCUGUGUAG